AUGGAUCUACCAUGGCCGGAGCCGUUUGAGGAUGGCGACAUACGGACCUUCCUGGAGGAUUUCGAGGAUCUGGCGGAGCUCUCGGGGAUCCAGUCGGACCGGGGUAAGUUGACGGCCCUUCGAGCGCUUCUCAAGGGCAGGCCGCGGGCGGUGCUGGAUGCGGCACGAAGGGGCCCGAAGGAGCUGAAGUGGGCCGCCGCAAAAGACGCCCUGAUUGCAGGACUAGAUACCCCGGCCGACCGCCAAGACGCUAUGCGCCGGUUCAAGGCUGCCCAGCUGGAGGUUGGUACGGAUCCGCUGGUGCACGCCGUCGCGCUCCGCUCACUCCUGGAACGUGCGUUGCCGACGCUGGAUGAGGCGUCACGGGCAGACCUGUUGGCGGACCGAUUUGUGGAUAGUCUGCCGGAGCCCCUGCGUGGGAUGGUACGCGUCGCCCGUGUCGGCCGUUCAUUGAAUUUGGUCCAGCUCGCGGAUGUGGUUCGGGAACUGGCCAUGAUUGGCGUGCCUGUGGUCAAUACGGCCCAUGUCGGGGGAUUCAUGGAGGAACAGGGAUCGUGUGGAGAAGGCCAGAACAUCGAAAAGGUUGCACCAGAAGUAUCACUGCUCGAGAAUUCAACCAUUACCGAUGAGCUGGCGAACUGUGAAAAAUCGAACCAAAUCCGUGAAAAUGCGGAAGAUUGCUACCCAGGUUGCCUUGAACAUGAACAUUAUGCCGAGGAAACCGAAGACAUGUUGUCUAAUAUCACAGUCACUGAAGCUGCAAGAUAUGAGGAAACUCAGACUGGAGUCGAAAUUCGAGACCGAAAUGAGCUUAGCCCGAAGGACAUUGAAGGAAGUAUACCGGAUACAUUCAUGCUGGAGACUUCAAUCACUUCUGACGAGGUGGAAGAUGUCGGGCUACUGAACCAUAUCCCUGAAAAUGUGGAAAACUGUAACCGGGAUUGCUCUGAAAGUCAACCGGAUGAUGGUGGAAGCGAAGACAUGUCAUUUGCUGCAGUUGCCAUUGCAUUGAGAGACUACGGGUCAUGUCGUGCGCAGUGUGAAACUAAGGCGCCUUGCAAAGUGGAAACAGAAGACGUUUACCCGCUACCUGAGCAAGUGCCGGGCGAUGAAGUCCAACCUUAUGCAUCCCGGAAGGAGACUGCUGGAAGUCAUAUCCAGGAUGAUAGUGGAAUGACACAACGCAUGGUGCUCAGUAGCUUUGAAGUGGUCAGGCACGAUGUCGUGGUGACGUGCGAUAAAAGUCAGGUGUUGUGUUCAGUAUUCACUCUUCACUGUUGCCAUCUAGAAACAAGGCUGGUGUCGGUGUGUAUCACGGACCGGAAAAAGCAUACCACCGGAGGAACUGUGGGACGGAUGACAACACCACCACGAACCGGGGUUGGAGGUAUGAACCUCGGAAUAGAGAAAGACUUGAAGACAGUCUGCAGGAUUUGA